AAAAUAAAGAAAGAGGGACGUUCAGUGCCACGUAAUACAUGUAGGGCCCUCCCGUAGAAAGAGAUGAUAAUCUGCGUCAGACCAUCCAAAUGUAUUUACAAAAAUUAAAUUCAAGAUUGUCAAUUUGGCAUCUUCACACACACAUGAAUUAACAAGUGUGUGUAGAGAUAAAAAUAAUAAUAAAGGCCAACCUACUUACAAAAUACACUCGUAUAUAUCUUAUGCAUUUUAUUUCUCUCUGCUUUGUUGUAUCUCUUUCAUCUCUCUCUCGGUGUCUCUCUCGUUCUCUCUCGGUGUUUUAUGAUGGAUGGUCAAUGGCUGAAGGCGGCUAUGGAAGAUGAUGGUACUCUGGCGGCUGAGGUUUUGGUGAAGCUGCUGCAAGCUCCGGUGGCACCUACUCCGCCGCCUCCGGCGGCGGUUGUGCCGAUGAAAUGGACCGUACGACAACCGCGUACGAAGUCUGGGUCGAACAAGAGGGCGCGCGCACGUGGCAGCCCUACCACUCCUCUCUCGUGGACCGGUGGGUCCACUUCUCUGAGCGGCGGCGCUGCUCCUGCCGCUGCUGGUGACGGCUCCGAACAGUCUAGCCGUCGUGGUGCAGGAUCUAAGGUUACUGCUGUGAGUGAGGCGACCCCCUCAAAGAAAUCACGAAAGAAGAAGACGACAAAUGAAUUGAAGGGGGAAGAGAUCUUAACUGCGCAGGAUAACAAACAGAUAAGAAAGACAAUUGCUUCUAUUCGGGCCAAGCUGGGCAAGAAGAAAUCUGAAAAUGUUUUGCUGAAGAAGUUGAAGGCAAAUUUGGCAGCUGUACCAUCUGCCAAACCAAUUGCUGGACCUCGUGCUGCUCGACCUGUUCCUGUGUACGUUCCCGUGAAUGUGCCUCUUCCCAUGAAUGUGCCUCUUCCGGUGAAUGUGGUGGUGCCUGUGCCGGUGCCUGUGCCGGAGCCUGUAACGGUGUCUCUGUUUUCGUCCUUAACAGAAGUUAAAGGUGGUUCUGACAAGUUUGUGAUUCCGGACCUCAAUCUUACCUUUGUGGAGUCGAAGGACGCAGGUGCAAGUGAUGUGUAAAGCUGGUUUCAGAAUCAAUUUAAAGUACUGACAGUAUCUUGUGUAGGUUCAGUUUUAUAGCAAGCGCAACUAAAGACACAAAACUCCUUCAAUACCAUCUGCAUUACUAAGAAUGCGGUGAGUAUGUUUCCAUUAUAACAUGAAGGUAUUGAGGGUAGGAUAGGAUCAUAAUCAGUAUUCUGCAUCGACAUUUCUUUUAUUUUAGGUUUCUAGGGCCUGGUUCUAUCGUUGGAGUUUCUUUCGAGAAUUUUUACAGAUAAGAUGUAACUAUUACAUAAAGGCAAUAACAUGCAGCUAUCUUUUUCUUUUUCA